UGGAGCCGAGCAGCAGCCGGAGAGAGCCGACACACGGGACGCACUGAACGGCGAUAAAAAGAAAGAAGAGGUGGACAUCUUGGACUUUUUGUUGGACUAUAGCGGGACAGAACAGACGAGCCGCCCGAAGACCUGCUGUGGGUUUUUUUUAUUUUUAAAAAAGCGAUAAAUCGAGCAAAGUUUUGCGCCUGUUUCUCACCUGAACGGACCGGCAGCCAUGCUCAGCCUGUGCCUCCUGGUGCUUUUAUCCGCCUCCGUGUUCUCAGAGUCGCAGGUCAGGGAGACGGAGACCUGGAUGCCCAUGAAGACCACGCAGACCGUCGCCAUGUCGACGCACGGCGCCGACAUCGAGGCGUCCGGGGACUCGCCGAACGGGUCGGACUUCGGCUUCACGGACGACGAGGACGAUGAAGAAUACAACGGAUACGACGAGAAUAACCGCGAACUCGGCGUCGACGACUACGACGACGAGGGCGGGUUCAACGGCGACUACGACGAGUACGACGACGAGGACUACGAGUCCUCCGGCUCUGGAGACGGAGCAACGACGGUGACUCCUGACCGAGAGUCCAGACCCUCCGUGAAGCCCGACGUGAAUGACAACAAGAUCCCCGAGCCGGAGCGCCCGGUGCGACCGACCGUCAACGAGGUGGACCUCGUCUGGAACAGCAACGAGAUCCCCGUGGUGAGGAACGAGCACAGCGACGAGUAUCCGUCCAACGUCCUCAUGUCCCACGCCGGAGACGACAGCAUCUUCAACAAGACGGAGGUCCUCGCAGCUCUGAUCGCCGGCGGCGCCGUGGGCCUCAUGUUCGCCGUCCUCCUCAUCCUCUUCCUCAUCUACCGCAUGAAGAAGAAGGACGAGGGCAGCUACGACUUGGGGAAGAAGCCCAUCUACAAGAAAGCCCCGACCACCGAGAUCUACGCAUAGACCCAGCGCUCCGCCCCCGCCUCCUCCCCAACACACACACACACACACACACACCUUCCUCCCUUACAAACCAAUCAGGGCCGGCGUCCGGCCUCGCAGUGCCUCGUCAGCGUCCCCAGAGGACGAACCAGGAGCCCCGGCGACACAAUCGAUUGACUGACUCCUCCGACAUCACUGGUGCUCUCUCGACCAAUCAGAGGCUUUGUUUUUCGGGAGAGGAGCAGCAGGAGCGGACUCCUUCAGUUCAUAUAAAACAGAAACACUACGGUUCUCGGUACACUUCAGCAGUCCCGUUAUUUAUUCUCACGUCGCUGUAGCUCGACGGCUUUUUAGGAGCUUUUGUUUUUAAGAGAAAACGUUUGAUCUGUCGUGACGCGGUGUCCAAUCACAGCUCACGUUAGGUUUUAUCAUCCUCACAGUGCUUCCUACGGUUACAGAGGGAGGGUUGUUGCUGCACUGUGAGACGCUCAGUAGAACCACCUCUUUCUAUUUUGUUUGUUUUGUUCCUUUUAAACCUCCAGUUGGGCACGUAGCACCAGAUCAGGAAGCUAAGCUAAUCUGGAGCAGGAAUGUGCAGAAGGCGGUUCGACCCGGUCAGUCUGAAGACGCUGCAAUCCGCCUCACGCUGACCUGAGAGGUUUCUUGUCUGGACUGUCGACGUGAAGCUGCUUAGCUUAGCUUAGCAUAACAAAUGGAAAUGGCUAGCCUGGUUUCCAAGCCUGAAAAACGCUUGUUUGGACGUAAACAUUGGCCAGUUUGCAGCCAAAUUUUACAGCAGUUGGCAAAAGAAAAUGCAAAUGAAACCCGUUUUCAUCCCUCGUUGUUUGUGGCCUUCAAGAUGAACAGAAAUCAGCGCUAAUUCGUACGUUUGUGCCUCAUUUUUGCUGUUAGCGUAAGAGCUUGAAACAGAUUUUUUUGGUCUAACGUAGAAAAAGAUUCGACUCUGUGGUUUGAAACAAACUCAACGACAGCUGGCGAGUUUUCAAGGUCUCGCGUCUCCUGUUUUCGCACAUUUUUAUUCCCGUUAAAAACUGAAGAUGUGUUUAAAAACGGGGUGAAAGUCGGAAACCCGGCGUGAUUUGGUCUCAAGCUGCAGUUUGUCUGAUUACUGUAGAAGUUGGUUUAUGUGGGACCAGGCUUCUGUUUGGAUCGAACACAUGAUGGUUUUUACAGCAGCUGUUUUAGCCACUUUAACAGCAAAUUCUGCCUUUUUUUUGCCAUUAAACCAAUUUUU